CUUCAUUGGUUUUCCCCCCUUCUUUUUCCUGAUCUUUAGCUCUCAAAAAGAUUGGAUAAAAGAAACUCAUAAAAAGAGAUCAAAUUCUAAUUCUAGGUUUAUUUUUUCUUAGGCAUAUAUAGUUGCAUUGCAUGUGCUUUGGAAUCAUCAACAACUUUCUUUAUACAUAACAUAUGCUGCAGCAAAGCAGAAGUAGAGAGCACCGCCCAUUUUCAAAUCUCAAACAUCUUCUUUAACUUCUCAAAUAUAUACAUAUAUAUAAACAACAUUUUUUCUUCAAUCUCUUUCUCCACUUACCAAAUUUACUACAUUUUCUUAUUACAAGUAAAUACAUCUUUUUUAGAGUUUUAACCAAUGGGUGAAGAAGCUAAGCCAGUAAGUGAGGAGCAAGCUCCAGCUGAGACUAAGCCUGAGGAGAAACCAGCAGAAGAAAACCCACCACCGCCACCACCACCGGCGGAAGAGAAACCUCCGGCUGAGGAAGAAAAGAAGGAAGAGGAACCACCGCAACCGCCACCACCACCACCACCUUUUGUCCUCUAUGUAGACUUGCAUUGUGUUGGAUGUGCCAAGAAAAUUGAGAGGUCCAUCAUGAAAAUUAGAGGAGUUGAAGGGGUAGUAAUUGACAUGGCCCAAAAUCAGGUAACCAUAAAAGGCGUGGUGGAGCCACAAGCAAUAUGCAAUAAGAUUAUGAAGAAAACAAAGAGAAAAGCAAAGGUUUUGUCACCUUUACCGGCAAAUGAGGGUGAACCCAUACCUAAAGUUGUAUCUUCACAGGUUAGUGGCUUAACAACUGUGGAACUUAAAGUAAAUAUGCACUGUGAGGCCUGUGCUGGACAACUCAAAAAGAAAAUACUCAAAAUGAGAGGUGUACAAACAGCAGAAACUGAGUUAAGUGGUGGGAAGGUCAUAGUCACAGGUACAAUGGAUGCAAACAAGUUGGUUGAGUAUGUGUAUAGACGCACCAAGAAACAAGCCAGAAUAGUACCACAACCCGAGCCCGAAAAACCCGCUGAAGAACCCAAGCCCGUCGAGGCCGAAAAGCCCGCCGACGAACCCAAGCCCGAGGAAAAUAAAGAAGAAAACAACAAUGCACCCCAAAAUGCUGAAGGAGGUGAUCAAAAUAAGCCACCAGAAGCAGAAGGAGGUGAAAAUAAAGGUGGAGAUAAUCAAGGUGAAAUUAAUAAAGAAGAGGUAAAAAAAGAAGAAGGUGAAGUUGUUAAUGAAGUAAUUCAACCCAUUAACAUUGAAGAAGAAUCAAUGAAAAGAAUGAUGUAUAAUUACUAUCAAUAUCAACAACCAUUGUAUGUGAUUGAAAGAAUCCCACCUCCACAAUUGUUUAGUGAUGAAAAUCCCAAUGCAUGUUGUAUUUCAUAACCUUAAUUAAUGAAUAAGUAAUUAAUUAAGAAACAAGAAGUGAAAAAAUCCAACACAUCAAAGUUUGAACUUAUGAUAAUUAAAGGUUUUUGUAAUAUAUUAUUGUAAGUUCAAAUAUAAUAGAGAGUUAAUUACUACCACAUGAUGGUAUGAGAAUAUAGAGAACUUUGUUGGGUUGUUGUCAUAAAGUGCUUUUUUUUUCUUCUUUUAAUUAAGUGUUAGAAUCAUUCUGUAUCUAUGUACUAAGUACCUUCAUAUUGUAAUCAAUCAAUCAAUAUACUUUUAGAAAAUUGAAUACUAUAAUGUUGAGGACAUAA